UUAUCCUGAAUACAUAUUUCAGUCAAAAGGUCACUCUUAAAGAAUCAACAGAUAUAUCUACUGAAAUGGACAAGCCCCUUUUGCAAGAGCCAAUGCUUACUAAAAGGAAUGUAUCUUUAGCCUGGAUAUUUAAUUUAUCUGAUAUAAAAGACAAUUGCUCUUUAACAACUGCAGUGAAUCAGAUUUCCUGUUCCAAUAUGAAGACUUCUAAAAAUACAGAGAGUUGUUUCAAUAUUGAAUCUAAGGUAUCGGUUAUUUCCUUGAAUGAUUCUCUUCUUGAUGCUGUGGAAAUGCAAGGGACAACUGAAAGCACUGCAAUCCAAGUCCAAGUAGUUAUUCAGAGAAUCUAUUAUUUGGUUGUUGAAGAUGGUUUCGGAUGUCAUCCUCAUGGAAGUAAUCUUUCCCAGAACAUGGCACCGUUUUUAAAAUCAGAUCUUCAGAAUUUAAGGUUAUGCCUGUUGGCUCAGGACAUCUGUGGAAUAUUUAGUGAAAUACAGCUUCCCAUUCUAUGUUUCUCUUCACAAGUGAUAGAACAAUACAGAAAAAAAUGGGAAGGAAAAUGCUGUUGUGUUUCUAGACUGAAAAUUUUGCGAAGACUCACCAGGGGAAGAACUCUAGGGCUUUUUAGUCUGAUUGACAGUCUAUGGCCGCCAUUAUCACCUCUUCAAGUUCCAGGCAAGAGACAAGGAAAUAAAGCACACGUUACUGCUAACCAGCUUCCUCAAAGUUUCUGUUACAUUCUUGCUGCUUCUGCUGAUUACAUUGAUGCAGAUGAAAGAGAACAAUUGUCAAAUUUAUAUUUCCCCCCAAUUGUUCAUAGUCUCGAGCAAAUUUACCAGAUGGGUGAUUUACCUCAGCGUUGCAGUUUUUGGGCACAUGUUAUAUAUCGAAGACUGCAGGAAAUGGGCAGUACUUCUCCAGACCAAAGGCAAUUUUGGCUAUUUGUCACUGAUUUCUCAUUGCAAAGAGAGUCUGAGAUCAACUCUGGAACCCCCAAAACACUACCUGUCUCAAUUGCUUCAUCAUGUGUGAUUGAUGAGGAAGUAAUGGAAGCAUUCAAGAACUCAUCCCCUUGUAUUAUUUUCUUCAAGGAUGCUAUGUGUGGAAAUGGUAAGAUUAUUUGCAUUGAACGUACCGUACUCUUGCUACAAAAGCCCCUUUUGUGUAGGGCUGCUGGUGCUGACAUCACUGAACUGACUGGUCCUGUCAAACUAGAUUAUCUGGAUUCUACUACUCAAAUCAAUUCUAUUUGUACUGUAAGAGGUACUGUAGUUGGCGUUAAUGAGAAAACUGCUUUCUCUUGGCCUAUAUGUAACAGAUGUGGCAAUGAAAAAUUAGAUCAGCAUCCACAAGACAAAGAGUUACUCUACUGCAGCCAUUGCUGUGAAGUUGUAGCUUCACCAGUUUUCAAGAUGCAUCUGGAAGUCUUUUUGAAUUGCCAGUCCCAAUCAAAGUCCACAGUAAAAAUAAAGCUAUUACAGAAGUCUAUUUCUUCACUUCUAGAAUCAGCAACUGUGGAUGAUGGGAGUUAUGAAGUAACGAGUGUGCUGAGGAAAGAGGUGGGGUUUUUGAAUUGUUAUGUCCAAUCUGUAACCAGCCACCCAUCUAGUUGUAUUGGAUUGGAAGAAAUUGUUCUUUCGGAGGCCUGAAAGAACUGAAGGGAACAUUGUCUGCUUCUGUCUAUGAUUUUUGUAACAUAUUUGUAGCUCUACUGUUCUUCCAUGCUGCUUUUGAAACAAAACUCUAGUACCUUUUUUUAAAAACACUCACAUGAACCAUGGACAAAUCUCAAUUCAAGUGCAAUUGUCAUUUCAAUGAGGAGUUAAAUGCACAUUCUUAAAUCUUUUCUCAUGAAAUUAAUGGAAUUCAUACACACAGAUGUCUGGUCCUCAUAUCAUAGCACUCAAAGGAAACUUAUUUUUUCCAGCAGUUGUUUUGUUUUGUUUGUUCUGGAGGUUAUAUUUUGUAAUGAGUUCAGGGCUUGAAAUAAUUUUUGACUAAAUGUUAAAGGUGAGUUUUUGAAAGAUUUGAAAUUAACUUCUAAGUUGUUAAUUUAGAGAUACAUUUUCUUAAUUGACUCACAUAUAAAUACUAUUCAGGAUUUCAUGUAGGAUAAUUGUUCAGAUACAGUAUGUCUGACCUGAUGUACCAUGUAUUUUUUAUCAUUAUAAUUAAAUAUUAUGAAAGAAGAGUACGUGUGGACACAGGCAUUUGUACAUCAAUAAUCAUUAUUUAAAUAAGGAUUUAUUUAUAACUUGUAUUUUUUAAACCUUUCUAUAAAAUAGAUUAAUAUAUUGUAAUUAAAAUAGUUAUACCUUCUACUUGUACAUUUCGAUUUGUGGAUGAAAUUAUUUGAUACUGAAACACUGCAAUCAGUAUCGGAUUCAAAUUCCUGCAAUUUCUUUUAGACGGAACUUGGCAUGCAUGGGAUUUCCUGUUAUUUGCAUAAAAUAUUCCCAUACUCAGCAGCUGGAUGUGGAUUUUUGUGUUUAGAAGAUGUAGUUGUGAGGACAGAUGUGGGGGCAGGGA